AGGAAAAGUUUUGCGGUCAAAAGAGCGCAUGCAAAUUUCAACACCUGUACGCCGUUACCGACUUCAUAAAAAGGAAUUUAUUUUUUCUUCUAAGGAGGAUUUUUGAUGGAUAGUUCUACGUAUUUUCCGCCUCUGGCUCAUGGAUCUCCUGUGUUCACAGUCCUCGGGGUCGCGGUUGUAUUCCUUAUAAUCAUUUUCGGACUCGUUGGUAACUUCGGCAUUUGUGCUAUGGUUUAUACCCAUCGUCAUUUACAAACAAUACCGAACUACCUGAUUGUAAACCUUAGUGUGUCAGAUCUCCUCCGGAUUUUUUUCACUCUCUCUGUCUCUGCGGGUGUUCUUAUUAAAAGGCGAUGGGUUUUUGGCGACGCGUUUUGUCAUGUAAACGGUUCCUACACCCUCGUAUUCCUGGUUGCUUCUCUUAUGUCGGUGACGCUCAUAAGUGUGAACAGAUACUUUUUAAUCGUGCGAGCAGGCGAAAGCUCUACGUUUUUCAGUCUGCGACGGACCAAAGUUAUGCUUUUCACUCUUUGGUUUCUGGCCGUCUUCAUUGCCAUUCCGCCAAUUUUAGGGUGGGGCCACUACGGUUUCUUCGCCUCACGCGCGACUUGUUUUAUAGCAGUGGGAAGCAGUUACUCAUACACAAGUUUUCUAGUGAUAACAUUCAUCACAACACCGUUCUCUGUGCUCAUCUGGUGUUACGUGAAGAUCUACAAAGAUAAUUGUCUUGGUGAAGAGGAAAAGAAUGAUGAAAUAUCUCUUCAAAAGGAGAACUGGAUCCACUGGAUGGACGAGAAGAUUCGACAGAGAUAA